CCACAGAAUAAUCAAAACCACACAAUGGAAGCUUGCUUGAAACCUUCCAUUAAUGAAGAUGACUCUGUAAUACUCUUUUCCACUUCUAACUCUCCUGAAGAGUCCACUAGUCCUUCUUCUUCUUUCUACCAUUCACCACCACCUGCACUGCAUCAUUUCAAAACAGCACACAAACUUUAUGUCAGAAACCUCUCCUACACUUUGCACCCACAAAAGAACACUCCCUUUUCGUUCUGUCACCUGACUCAAAAACCCAAGCCUGUAAACAUACUCAAGUCUGUGUCUUUUGUGGCCAGAAGUUCUGAGAUUGUUGCUGUUGUUGGUCCUAGUGGCACAGGGAAGUCUACUCUUCUUCGAAUCAUUGCCGGGCGGGUGAAAGACAGAGAUUUUGAUCCUAAAACUAUCUCAAUCAAUGAUCAUCCAAUGACCAGUCCUGCCCAGUUGAGGAAGAUAUGUGGCUUUGUGGCCCAGGAAGACAAUUUGCUUCCUCUGCUAACUGUGAAGGAAACUUUGCUGUUCAGUGCCAAGUUUAGGCUAAAAGAAAUGACACCAAAUGAUAGAGAAAUGAGGGUGGAAAGCUUGAUGCAAGAGCUAGGCCUUUUUCAUGUUUCAGAUAGUUUUGUUGGGGAUGAAGAGAAUAGAGGGAUAUCUGGUGGGGAGAGAAAGAGGGUAUCAAUUGGAGUUGACAUGAUUCAUAAUCCUCCAAUUUUGCUUCUAGAUGAACCAACAUCAGGCCUAGACAGCACUUCAGCUCUGCAUGUGAUAGAGCUUCUGUCUUCAAUGGUCAAACAAAGGCAAAGGACAGUGGUCCUAUCAAUCCACCAACCUAGCUAUAGAAUUUUGCAGUACAUUUCUAAGUUCUUGAUCCUCUCUCAUGGUUCAGUUGUUCACAAUGGUAGCCUAGAAUCACUAGAGGAAACCAUAACUAAAUUGGGGUUUCAAAUUCCUAUACAACUGAAUGCUUUAGAAUUUUCCAUGGAAAUUAUCCGCAGGUUAGAAGAUUCCACUUCCAAAUUUGACACUUACACCAUUGAGGAAAAUGAGCUUUUUCCAAACCCUUUAUGGCCAGAGGAAGAAAACAGUAGAGUCCAAUAUUAUACAGAAAGUUUUGGCAAACAUUGCUAUGCAUACUUGAUGGAGACACUAUUUCUCUGCUCAAGAUUUUGGAAGAUCAUUUACAGAACAAAACAGCUUUUCCUGGCCAGAACAUUGCAAGCACUAGUUGGUGGAUUUGGGCUAGCAAGUGUUUACAUAAAGGUUAGAAAAGAUGAAGAAGGAAUUGCAGAAAGGUUAGGCUUGUUUGCAUUUAGUCUCAGUUUUCUCCUGUCUUCUACAGUGGAAGCACUUCCAAUAUACCUUCAAGAGAGAAGUGUUUUGAUGAAAGAAGCCUCAAGGGGAGCCUAUAGAAUUUCCUCUUACAUGAUAGCCAACACUCUUGUUUUUCUCCCUUUCUUGUUUGUAGUGUCUAUACUUUUUGCAGUUCCUGUGUAUUGGAUUGUAGGACUCAAUCCUUCCCUUUCAGCCUUCACCUUCUUCACUUUUGUGGUUUGGCUCAUUGUGCUCAUGGCAAGUUCUCUAGUACUCUUUUUGAGUGCAGUCUCUCCUGAUUUCAUUUCAGGGAAUUCUCUCAUCUGCACUGUUCUUGGAGCCUUCUUCCUCUUCUCUGGAUACUUCAUCCCAAAAGAGAGCAUUCCAAAAUAUUGGCUAUUCAUGUAUUAUGUGUCCCUCUAUAGGUACCCUUUGGAUGCACUACUCACAAAUGAGUAUUGGAAUGUUAGAACUGAGUGUUUCUCUGAACAAACAGAGAAUGCUCAUUGUUUGAUUACCGGCUUUGAUGUGUUGAAGAGUAGAGGGCUUGAAAAAGAUCAUAGGUGGAUGAAUGUAGGGAUCAUGCUUGGAUUUUUUGUGUUCUAUCGUGUGCUUUGUUGGAUUAUACUUGCUAGAAAAGCCUCCAAGACAACAAUAUAAUAAGAGUACCAAAGCUACAUCAUUAGUCAUUACUCCAGAACAAAAUGAAGGUCUUCAAAUAUAUGUUUUACGUUCAUUACAAUUCAUAUUAAGAAGAGGCUUGUUCCAUGUGUAGUGCACAUAUAACAAAACAAGCCUUUUACUCAACCAA